AGUGAACAGGUGAGCAUGAGAGCUUCAGUCGCUUGCUCGUGGAUGGCGUGGAACCAGUCCAUCACAGUUUGAUGUUUUUUAUUUUAUUUUAUUUUUUAUAAUGAUGAAUGUGUCUACUUCCGUGGAGUGUUGGACAGUUUUCAGCUCACUCGCUUUUGUUUUUUUCUGAAGUCAACUAAUUCAUCAUCUGUUUUUUAGCAUUUGAGCCCGCUGUCUGUUUUAUUUAAAAUGGCUUUUGCAAAAUUUAGCAAGAUCCUCCGUCUUCCUACAAUUGACGUGAAGAAGAAAACCAAACAAUAUGAGCACGUUCAUCGGGAUGUUAAUCCUAACGACAUUUGGGAAAUUAUCGGGGAACUGGGCGACGGCGCUUUCGGCAAAGUUUAUAAGGCCCAGAAUAAAGAAACCGGUGCACUAGCUGCAGCCAAAGUCAUCGAAACCAAAAGUGAAGAGGAGCUGGAGGACUACAUGGUGGAGAUCGACAUCUUAGCGUCCUGCAACCAUCAGUACAUCGUCAAACUGCUCGAUGCCUUCUUCUACGACAACAAGCUGUCGAUAAUGAUCGAGUUUUGCCCCGGAGGUGCUGUAGAUGCCACCAUGUUAGAGCUGGACAGGGGUCUUGAAGAGCCUCAGAUCCGGGUGGUCUGUAAGCAAAUGCUGGAGGCUCUUCAAUAUCUCCACAGCAUGAAGAUCAUCCACAGAGACCUGAAGGCUGGAAACAUCCUCCUCACGCUGGACGGAGACAUCAAGCUAGCGGACUUUGGAGUUUCAGCAAAAAACACAAAAACUCUUCAAAGACGAGACUCUUUUAUCGGGACUCCAUAUUGGAUGGCUCCAGAGGUGGUGAUGUGCGAGACCAUGAAGGACGCUCCAUACGACUACAAAGCCGACAUCUGGUCACUGGGCAUCACGCUGAUCGAGCUGGCUCAGAUAGAGCCGCCUCACCACGAGCUGAACCCCAUGAGGGUCCUGCUAAAAAUCGCCAAGUCUGAGCCUCCCACCCUGCAGCAGCCUGCCAAGUGGUCAAUGGAAUUUAACGAUUUCCUGAAAAAAGCUUUGGACAGAAACCCUGAGACGAGGCCGACGACUGCUCAGCUUCUAGACCAUCCUUUCGUCAGUUCGGUGAAGACCAACCGUCCGCUGAGAGAGCUGGUGGCCGAGGCCAAAGCCGAGGUGAUGGAGGAGAUCGAGGACAAUCAUGAAGAAGGAGAAGACGAGGACCCUGCUGACCUCUCAUCUGUACGGGCCCCCAUCAAAGACCCAUCAGAAACCAGUGAGACCAGUUUAUACGGGGACCAUCGCCACAAUGAAGCUCCAAUGGAGUUUGAGGAGGAGCCCAGGACCUCUGUGUCCACCGAAACUCCUUUGAAAGAGCAGGAGGACGAUCUCAGCGACAGGUUUCCAGAGGAGGAUCACGACAAACCUGAGAGCGAGGCGUCAGGCAAGACCUCCAGCUCUGACUCCGGCAUUGAGGAUGGAAAAAGUACGCCCACCUCCGAGGAGGACGCCAAGGCAGUCGAGAGCACCGAACCAGAGCUUCCCUUGCUGAGAACAGCAGAACCUUCAGAGUCAUCCGAAUCUUCCUUGGUGGCACCAGAGAAACCGGAAGAACCGGAGAAGGAAGAUGCUCACAGUGCAAGGGAAAUGCCUAUCCAGCAACCGCACGCCAUGCUGAACCGAACCGAGUCCAAGGAGCCGAGCAAUCGCAUGUCUGAAAUGAGCGACAUGUCCUCUUUGGCUGGCGAGGAUGUGGAAAGUUUGCUGCCUCAUGCCAAUGGCAGGUUAUCAAAACGAUACUCUGAUGUGACGAGUGAGAACAUGGACAUCAGCCUGAACCUGUCCGGGGAUAUGUCCGUCAACAAAGACUUGGGCACCAUCUCUUUACGGGACUCCAAGAAGACGCUGAAACGCACGCGUAAGUUCUUGGUGGAUGGUGUGGAGCUGAGCGUCACCACCUCCAAAAUCAUCACUGAUGACGAGAAGAAAGACGAGGAGAUGAGGUUCCUCAGGCGUCAGGAGCUUCGAGAUCUGCGUCUGCUGCAGAAAGAGCAGCAUCGCGCUCAGGCUUUGCUCAAUCUGAAGCUGAAAGAGCAGCGGGAGCAGAUGCAGCGCAGAUUCGACCAGGAGAUGAAUGCCAAGAAGAAAUACUACGACACCGAGCUGGAGACGCUGGAGAAACAGCAGAAGCAGAGCAUCGAGAGAAUGGAGAUGGAGCACACGGUUCGACUGCGAGACGAGGGCAAACGCAUCCGCGCCGAGCAAGACAAAGCCUUCAACAAGUUCCUGGACCAGAUGAAGCACCGCAAGAAAGAGGUCAAACAAGAAGUGGAGAAAAUGCCCAGGAGUCAGAGGAAAGACAGUAUGAAGAUCAAAAUGAACAACUUCCAGCAGAUGAAAUCAGACGAGGAAGAGAAGUUCCUGGCAGACCAGAGGGAUUUUCUGGACUCGACUCUGAAGAGCAUCAUUGCUCAAAACAAGCGGGAAAUCUCCGAGACGGAGCGCCAGUGUCUCAUCAAGAAACAGAAUCUGCUCCGAGAGCGAGAGGCCACUGUGUGGGACCUGGAAGAGAAGAGCUUGCACGAGAGACACCAGCUCCUCAAACAGCAGCUGAAGGACCAGUACUUCCUGCAGAGACACCAGCUCCUCAAGAAACACGAGAAGGAGCAGGAGCAGAUGCAGUGCUACAACCAGCGUAUGAUCGAGCUCCACAAGGCCCGACAGCAGCAGGAGAAGAACAGGCUGCCCAAGAUCCAGCGCAGCGAGGCUAAAACACGCAUGGCUAUGUUCAAGAAGAGCCUGAGGAUCCACUCCAGCGGAAGCUCUGCAGAAGACCGCGAGAAGACCAAGCAGUUCUCCAGGCUGGAGGAGAAGAGGCAGAAGGCCGAGCGCUUGCACCAGCAGCAGAAACACGAGAACCAGAUGAGGGAGAGGAUCAGCGAGUGCGAGGGAAACGCCAGAGAGCUGCAGCAGCUGCAGAAUGAGAAGUGUCACCUGCUGAUAGAAAACGAGACGCAGCGUCUGAAGGCUGUGGAUGAGCAGCACAACCAGCAGCUGAAGGAAUGGAGGGAGCACCUCAAGCCCAGGAAGAAGGUUCUGGAGGAGGAACUGAACCUGAGGAAGAAAGAGCAGGAGCUUUUCUUCAAGAUGAGUGAUGAUUCCCAGUGUCAGAGCGUCGGCUCACCAAACAAAGUCACGAGGUUCCUGCCGUACAUCGACUCGUCCACCACAUGAGCUCCUGCUUGUCAUUUAGGGUCGCCACACUUUUCUGGAGGCGUAGGCGGAUUUGUCUGCAAGUGCACAGGAACAAAGCAGCAGCGCAGCACAGUCACCUGAAACAGCAUUCAGAUCCGCUUUAUUCGUUUAAUAGCAUGAGAUGAAAGUGCAUAGAUGCAUUCAUUUAAAUGAGGGCAUUGAACUGCAUGACUAGGACAGCUCUGACAGACUCGCUUGCCUUAGUUUAUUUAAACGUUUUAAAAGUUAGUUUAAUUGUAUUGCCAAAUAUAUUGUACAAACCUUGCAUGUUCUUAUGUUUUUAUUUUUUCUAUGAUCAGUUAAUAUAUGCAUAAAUAUAUAUAUAAAGUUGCAACUUAUCCCUUUUCUUUUAUAACCAGUUUCCUUGUACAAAUAUUUAGAUGCUGAAAAAAGGAACUUAUGAAAAAGUGUACAUUUUAAUUGGUACAUUGUCAUUUUACCGAGUGUUUUUGUUGUUUUAUGUAUUAGACAGCAACUAAUUUGCCACUUUUAUUAUUCUGCAGUGUUUAUUGUCUGCCACUGGCACAUUUACUGUAAAUGCAUCACACUGGACGAGACGAGAGCAACUCCAGAAAUGUGUUUAUGCAUGUUUUCUCUAGUUUAUUAUUGAUAAUUUUUUAUAUGUUGCUGUCUGAUACUGUCACCUAACCAAAGUGCAAUAUGUUGUUGUGCUCCGAUUUUAAACGCGUGUUAUUUUACAUCAGCUUCCAGUCUUUAGCCAUUUGAAGGAUUUAUAUUUUCAAAAGCGAUACCUGAAGCCUGAAGGUAUGAGGAUUUACGUCUUUUUUUUUUAAUGUCUGUGGAGCACAGUGUUGAUCGUUCCUUUCUGAGUCUGUAACUCUGAGUAACCAAAGCUUCAGUGUGGAUGAUGAGAAACUGUUUAGAGUAUCUAUAAUAAAUGAGAUGUUUAUCUUUUA